CCCGGCCCGGCAUGGCGGCCCCAGGCGUCCGGCUGCGGCAGCGCGGGCUGCUCCGCAAGAAGCUGCAGGACAGCAACCGGCGGUUCGCCCGCAUCAUGAGCACCCUGGUGGCCAAGUACAACCGGCCCUUCGAAGAAGACCAGCUUGUGCAUAUUGCGACAUUAACCUACCAGACGCCCGAUGGGCUGAGAGAGUGGGGUGGAAGAAUAGUCACUCAGCAAGUCUUUCAGAAUAUCCAGACAUCCCUGGAGAAAGAAGGCUACAAUAUAGAUGACAUGAUGCAAAGCACUUUCACAGAUGUCAAAAGCAACCGGUUUAAUGUAACUUCUCUUCAAAGAGAUGAUACCAGCUUGAAGAAUGACAGCCUCCAAAGCCUUCCAGAAAAUGAUUUAGACAAGAAAUGCAUGACCCGAGUGGAUGUGAUCCUGGAAGAUGACCAUCCCAGGCUGAUCAUGUUUGACAGUUUUGGAAAGAGGAAGGACCUAAAGCCCCCCGUGAACCCUUCAGUCAAAGAGGGCCCGAAAGCUUUACCGGGUUGCAGCCAUUAUGGGACUCCACUUAAGCCAACCGCACCCCCCAGAGUGGCCCCUGUGUCCCCAAACCAAAGCUUGUUGGCUUGGAGAUCCCGGAGGAACAACGUGAGCUGCUUCUUGGGUGAUACUACUUUUGAAGAAGACGACUCUGCCCAGGACCUCACGCUCAGUGACAUAUAUGCAGAAAUGUUGUGUUCCCUGUGCAGGUGUUUGCCUUCUCAGAAGCUGGGCCUCGUUUCCACCAAUAAAUAUAUUUCCAAAGGCUGGUUCCCAAAGAAAAGGAGGCUUAAUAUCACACUGACAAUGGAAAGUAGUUUUCUCAAGGUUAAGCAAAAGUUCCAGCUUCUCCCAGGUGAGAAAAGUCACUUAGUUUGCAGAAAGGAUUAUAAGCAGAACUUCUUGCCCUGUUCUGAAUCAGACACUGUUGUCAAGGAUGGCGGAUUGUCGACCCCUGACCUCACCCACUUGGCACGGAGGGGGGCCUUGCAUGGCCUCUCCACUCCAGAGGUGCCUCCCAGGACCAUGGAGGUGAGACAAGCAGCCCCCAGCCCCUCGAGGAGCCACACAAGGUCUCCGGUGACUCCCAGAUUGUCUCUGCCCCCAGCUCUGACAAGUGCCAAGGAGAGAUCCUACCCUUUGCCGCUGGGUGCUCCUGCAGGAGCCGCAUUGUGGCAGGAAAGGCAUCUACCCAGAUCACCAGCGAUGUCACAUCUCCUCCAGACACCCAAGAGCACCCCUACAUCCCAUGAAAGGCUGUGUCAGGAGCGCUCGGCUUCCAGCUCCUCUGAAAUGAGCCCAAAGUCUGGCUUUGCUAGAAGGAACCUUACAAAGGCAAGAAAGUCCCUUCCCUUUGGCCUGGAACACACGCCCUGCAAAGCCCGGGAUGUGAUAGACUCCAUGUUCGAUACCUAUGCCCAAGGGACAGCCCAGUGGGCACAAGAGCUUUUGUUCCUGAAGAAAUCCGGGCAGAAGUCCAGAGUGCUGCCUCGGAGCAAGUGCGAGGAAUCCCUGGAAACUUCAGGCCCCUGGGCAAGUCUCCAGGCACCACAGAAAGCAGCCUCCCCCCGGGGCACUUCCAGGGACUCCCUGUGUGAGAUAGUCAGCACGCUCCACCUUUCAGCCUCACCCAGGGACACCUUGAAAGGAAGCUUUUCCUCCCCAACAAAAAGACGGAAAGUGUCCAGCUCCCAGACAUGGGAUCGCUUCAGCUCUUCAGAGAUGAGAGAUAAGGCGUGCUCUCCCAUUGACUCGGGGGAUUUCCCUUGUGGAAAGUUAACAGAAUCCAGGAUGUCCAGUGCUUAUCUAUCGCACUCAGGAGCCACCUGUGGGACCUUUGCCAAGGAACAGCACCAACAGGAAGCUUCCCCUGAGGCAUGGAAGAGAAGAGGGCUCGGGUCUGAAAGAUGGGGAAGCCGGAGAUUGGGAAGUUCUGCCUUCAGACUCCGGGACUAAUGCCGCUGAUGGAGGCCCUGUUGCCUUGACAGAGACUUGUGUCCACCAUGUGCAUUCCUUCUCUCUUCUUUAUGGAACUCUGGGGAGGGGAGGAUUCUUUCCCCGAUUAGGCAGAACUUCAGAUUUUCCUGAUUUACUCCGGGGUCAGGUUUUAAUUUGCUGCAGAGGCAAACAUAGCCAUUUCCCAAAUCAUUUUUAUACUAACCCUCCUGGGUGUGCUUCCUGUUCCUGUUUAAAAUAAGGACUCAAGAACUGGAGUGGAGGGACUUUGUUGCUGACUUCAGUGAAGGGACAUCAUGUCACUUCAUAGUUGUGCUUUUUUUUUUUUUUGAAUGAGACUUUUAAAAAAUCACUGUUAUCCCUCAGACCCUCCCCCAAGCCCACUGCAUGUUAACAGGUAUGUGUAUUUAAAAUAAGGCAGUAUAUGGGGCAGCUAGGUGGUGCAAUGGAUAAAGCACCAACCCUGGAUUCAGGAGGACCUGAGUUCAAAUCUGGUCUCAGACACUUGACACUUACUAGCUGUGUGACCCUGGGCAAGUCACUUAACCCUCAUUGCCCUGCAAAAACAAACAAAACAACAACAAAAAAAACCUAAAAUAAGGCAGUGCUGAGAAUGGUUUUUAUCAAUGAACUGACCCUUUCGAUACAAUUCAUACUUGUGGAAUUUAAUGUAAUACAUUGUUUUAAGACU